CAAUCAAAAUUCCACAACUCCACUCCCCACUGCCGCCGCUUAAUCUUAAAAAUUACCUCAACUCCACCGGAUUUUUAAUUAUAUUUUUUUAAAAGAACAACAUGACGAAGCCCUCUUCCCCUUCAAAAUCCGCCGCCGCCGCCGCCACCGCCGAUUCCCGGUACAAGGGAGUGCGGCGGCGGAAGUGGGGGAAGUGGGUUUCCGAAAUCCGGCUUCCCAACAGCCGCGAGCGGAUCUGGCUGGGGUCGUACGAUUCCGCCGAGAAGGCGGCGCGUGCCUUCGACGCCGCGCUUUUUUGCCUACGUGGCCGUUCUGCUCGGUUUAAUUUUCCCGACAACCCGCCGGAUAUACCCGGCGCCAGCUUGCUCUCCCGGGCCGAGAUUCAGUCCGCCGCCGCCGAGUUCGCCAACUCCGAGCCGCAGCCCUCGUCGGAGGAUUCGGCGUCGGCGUCGGGGACCACCGCCCAGAUCGAGUGUGAUGAAAGAUCGUCGUUUUUGGAUCUUCACACCGCCAUGGGAUCCGAAAAUUACGGGUCGGAUUUCGGGUUGUUUCCGGAGUACAACCCGUUUUUCAACGAACUGUUCAAUACUUCAGCUCCUUCGUUUGAUUAUGGAGAUGAAAAUUUUGACGCCACCACACAUCAAGAUUCAUUCCUCUGGAACUUCUAAAACAACAGAGUUCUGACGGUUUUUAGUUUCAGAACUUUGCCCAUUUUUUUGGUCUUGAUUUUUCCCCUCCCUCUGGUGUCUAUAAAAAUUACUGCUACUCCAUCGAUGGACCCCAAUAUUUUUUUAGCUCGGCCAUCGAAUUCUUCAAUUAUUCGAGAGAGAAAAUGUGUAAAAUUUGUAAUCUUUAUGCAUUUAGUUACCGUUUGUAAAAAAGGAAAUUCAGGCCUUAGGGGUAUGAAAACUAUUAUAUAAAGUUGUUAUAAUUCCAAGUUCAA